GAGAACAGUUUAUUAAUAGCAGUAGUCUCAGCUUCUCUCUCUCUCUCUCUCUGCCUCUCAUCUCCCUCUCUCUCUCUCUCUCAUCUCAUUUCUUUCUCCUUCUCCUUCUGUUCACUCUUGUUCCUUUUUGCUUCUUCAGCUUGGCUUGCCGCACUCCUUUGCCUGAUUCUUCUUCUUUCUUUCUGUCUGUCUCUCAUGGUUUUCUUCCCUCCCUUUUUCAGCUAACUCCUUCUAUCACUCCUUGUUUUUGGUUUCUUGUGGGUCUGCAGUUUAGCUUUUCUUGCUCUGUUUCUGUAUCCCUUCUUCUUGCCCCAUGUUCCUCUCUCCCCACCCUCUGUCUGCUGGUGUCUGCUAGCCCUGUGUGAGCUCAGUAGGCUACAUGUCUGCUGGCCGUUGGUGCAGGUAGAUGUGCCGUAUGGUAGGAUGGGUAAAACGGAGUUCUAUUCUCUCUAUAAGAACUUUCUGGACUGUCUCUGCCACUGCCUGUGUCGGAGUGAGAGUCCCUCAGUGAAGGAUGACAACCACGGUCACCUGGUUUACCAGAAUGGAGAUGUGCUUCAGGAGAGAUAUGAGAUCGAGGGCAGUCUGGGUGAGGGCACCUUUGGAAAGGUUGUUCAGUGUUUAGACCACAGCAAGACUGGACGGCGAGUGGCGCUGAAGAUCAUCAGGAACGUGGAGAAGUACAAGGAGGCGGCUCAUCUGGAGAUCAACGUCUUGGAGAGGAUCAAUGCCCAAGACCCAGACCACAAACAUUUUUGUGUGCAGAUGCUGGACUGGUUCGACUACCAUGGUCACAUGUGUAUCAGCUUUGAGCUGCUGUCUCUCAGCACGUUUGACUUCAUGAAGCAGAAUCAUUACCUGCCCUACCCUGUCAAUCAGAUACGUCACAUGGCCCAGCAGAUCUGCCUCGCCGUACAGUUUCUCCAUGACAACAAGCUGACGCACACCGACCUGAAACCAGAGAACAUCUUGUUUGUGAAUCCGGACUUCUCUGUCACGUACAACCCUGAGAAGAAGCGGGAGGAGCGGACCAUUAAGGACACAUCGGUGAGACUGGUGGAUUUUGGCAGCGCCACUUUUGACCAUGAACACCACAGCACCAUCGUCUCCACCCGACACUACAGAGCCCCGGAGGUUAUACUGGAGCUGGGUUGGAGCCACCCGUGUGAUGUGUGGAGCAUUGGCUGCAUUCUAUUUGAGUAUUAUCAAGGGUACACCCUUUACCAGGUACAGACUCAUGAUAACAGAGAGCACUUGGCCAUGAUGCAGAGAAUACAGGGACCACUCCCCUCUAGAAUGAUCCGUAGGACCAGAAAGCAGAAGUAUUUUGUUCGUGGGAAGCUAUUUUGGGAUGAGAACUCCUCAGCUGGAAGAUAUGUCAGGGAGAACUGCAGAGCCCUCAAAAAGUACAUGCUGUCAGAGUCGGAGGAGCACGAGCAGCUGGUGGAUCUGCUGGGCCGGCUUAUGGAGUACGAGCCGUCCAAACGCAUCUCUCUCUCGGCCUCUCUCCGCCACCCCUUCUUCUCGGCCCUCACGCCUAGCCUCUCGGCCUACAGCUGGGUGUGGGCGAGCAGCAUGGACAUCAGCAGAUGAGACACACACACACACACACACACACACACACAUGCACACACUGUCUCUCUCUCUCUCACACACACACACACACACACACAUGCAC